AUGAAUCCCUUUGCGAAAUGGAAACCCAACUCCAGGUCAAAUUCGCUGCGUCGCGUCGAGAAUGGCGAAGGUAGCGGCUCACCCUUGACUACUACCAAAACAGAUGACCCAAACAACUACCGCCCUUCUUCCUCAAGAGCGAGAGGCGAAGACUUCAGUGCACAGUCGACAAAGAAACACGCAGCGACCACCCCAGAUGCUACAUCGGCCCGAAAGCCAUAUUCGCCUGGUGAUGAUGUCGAAUUGCCGCGAUCUCUGAGUCCAGUUCACUCGGAGAGAGGUCUCAGAGACGAGAUCCCCAAUGGGUCCAACGAAGAUGGCAUGAGCAGCGAUACUUACACGGUCGGCAAGCCUGGUCAAACAGACGAAGCAGGUUCCGUGCGGAACCGUAGCUCGGGUGAUAAAAACCCAGAGAAGCACGGUCUCCAGGCCCUCUUCGGCGGCGAGUCCAAGCAAGAGAAGGACGACAACAACGGCAAAGACAAACCACAGUUUACCGCAUGGAGCCAAAUCCGGGCCACGCUCUUCAAUUCGUGGAUCAAUGUUCUUCUGAUCGCGUCCCCUGUCGGCAUUGCCGUCUACUACGCCAAGGUCGAUCCUGUCGCAGUGUUCGUCAUCAACUUCAUCGCUAUCAUUCCGCUGGCAGCAAUGCUGAGCUAUGCCACCGAGGAGAUUGCCCUGAGAACUGGUGAGGUUCUUGGUGGCCUGCUCAACGCCUCCUUCGGCAACGCAGUCGAGUUGAUUGUUUCCAUUAUCGCCUUGGCCAAAGAUCAGGUUUUGAUCGUCCAAACUUCCCUGAUUGGCAGUAUGCUCUCCAAUCUUCUGUUGGUCAUGGGCAUGUGCUUUUUCUUCGGUGGAGUCAAUCGCGUCGAGCAGGCCUUCAACAUUACAGUGGCUCAAACUGCUUCCAGCUUGCUCUUUUUAGCAGUCAGCAGCUUGAUUAUUCCCACUGCCUUUGAGCAAUGGGCUCGGACUGGAAAUAAUACUGGCAACACGGAAACCGCCACUACCGAGAAUGCCAAACCUGGGGUCGCACAACUGAGCAGAGGAACGGCCAUCCUUCUCCUUGUUGUCUAUGCCUGCUAUCUCUUUUUCCAGCUCAAGAGUCACUCGGCAAUCUACAACGCACCCAGUGCGAAGAAUGAGACACGAGACGUGGGCACCAAGUUCAAGAAUGCGGUCAUUCCCGAAAAGCUGCGCUCUAAGAAGGCACCAGAAGCUGAAAUGUUGGAGCCGGAAGAUGACGAGCCUGAACAGCCCCAGCUCUCCGUAUGGGUUGCUCUGCUUACACUGGCAAUCUCCACUGUCCUUGUCGCGCUCAACGCCGAGUACUUGGUCGAUUCAAUCAACUCCAUCACCUGUGGCGGCGGCAUCUCCAAAAACUUUGUCGGUCUCAUAUUACUCCCUAUUGUCGGUAACGCCGCUGAACACGCAACUGCGGUAACGGUGGCUGUCAAGGACAAGAUGGAUUUGGCCAUCGGUGUCGCUGUGGGUUCCAGCAUGCAAAUUGCGCUACUUGUGCUUCCAUUUGUUGUUGUUUUGGGCUGGAUCAUCGGUAAAGACGACAUGACCCUUUUCUUUGACGGCUUCCAAAUCGCCGUAUUAUUCGUGGCCGUCUUGCUUGUCAACUACUUGAUAAGCGACGGCAAAUCACACUACCUCGAGGGUAUCUUACUGAUGACUCUCUACAUCAUCAUUGCGGUCGCCGCCUGGUUCUAUCCCACCGCUCCUGGCCUCAGCGACUGCCCGGCCGGCUCAUGA